AUGCGGCGUACGCGGCUGGAACCCGGAAGUAGCGGCUACGGCGGUGGUAACACCGGAAGCAGUGGCUACGGCGGUGGCAACACCGGAAGUAGCGGCUACGGAAGUGCCUCCUCUUCUGCCAGUCGUCCGGCUCCCGCCAUCUACAAACCGUACGGCCCAGCGAGCAUCAACAAAAACGCGAAUUCGGGACAGCGUUUCGGCGUCGGCGUCGCCAUCGGCUCCAAUAGCGGAUCGGCGCCCUCUAGCGGCUACUCCACGCAGAGAAGCGUCUACGGACCAGGAUCGCUGACGUCACAGGCGCAGUCCGCUCCCAGCAUCUUUGGCGGAAACGGAGUUCGGCAGCGUAACAGUGGCGCGGCGAACAGGCAGGGAGGGUACGGGACGGGACGGACGCCACGGACCGGAUACGGAACGGGAAGCAGCGCCGGAAAACACACCGGAACGGGAUCCGGAUUUAGAAUCAUUCCGAGCCGCGUGCUCAGCUCGAACGCUGGAAGUGGAGAGAAGCGACGACGUUGUAUCUGUUACGACCUAUAG